UUCAAAAACACGAACAAAAUUAUACUAUACAUAGAUGAAUUGUUUAUGGAGUGUGUCAUGUGUGGGCUCUUAGAGGGAGAGUGUGUUGAUAUCCUCUAGUCUAAGUUAAUUAAAAUCAAAAGUUCUGUCUAGGUACCUCUAAAGAUACAACACUGUAUAAUAAAAAAAAAAGAACAAACCAUGUUUAUAAUUUAAAAAAUAAUAUUAAGCGUAGGUAUAAAGUGGGUUAUUAGAAAAUAUAUAAAUAAAUGUACGAUAUUUUUGACCAUGUCCAAUUUCUCCUAUAAUUAGACUUUAAAUUAGGCGUAAAUAACACGUUAUUAAGCAAGCAUAUACUUUUAAAUGACAACAAUAUUGUAAUAUUAAAUCGGUUCUAGAUAAUGUAUUAAUCCCGAAUUCCCAAUUCUGGAUAAAACUCAGAAAGUAACAAUGGGAUUAGCAAAUUUAUUAGACUUUUAAACAUGUUUCGGUUUAUAGGUUGGUAAGUUUACAAUAGAGAUGAUCGUUAGCCGGCAAGACAAAUAUCAUCAUUAAGGGACUUCGCAAAAAAUGUGAUGAUUGUUAUUUUUUUCGUAGGGCGUAGCGAAUGCAACUAUCAACUAUGGUAGUGAAGGCGACUAAUAACCAUUUUAAUUUUGUUUGUUACUUUAUAACAAAAUUAUUUGUAACUAUAAAAACAAAACUAUUCUAUUUUUUUUUAGUUACACGAAACACAUAAUAUAAUGUACGACUACACUCUUUUGGUUGAAUUGUACAAAAAAGAAAAAAAAUUUCAGAAAGUUUACACAACGUUUCGACCUAACUUAAAAGCAUCACCUGUAACGGGGAAAUUUUAUGCUCGCCACGAAGCAAAUGUCAAUCAAGGUGAACCAAACAAUCACUACAUAAAACUUUUGGCACAAGCUAAAUCUUUAGGGCCAAAGAACAAAUUUCCUUCUCCAAAAACUGAAAGUCAAAGGUAUGGAUGGUAUAAUAAAACUUUCAUUCCACGAAAAGAAGAUAUUUUGAUGUUUCCACAUGUAGAAGCUCCCGAAAUUAAAUUAGAUAUUAUACUAAAGCAGAAUUAUAAAAAUGAAGUACCAUUUAGUGGAAUACCUUUUAAAUUAUAAUAAAACUAUAAAACAAAAUAAAUUAUAAAAUCAUAGAAUAAAACUGUAUUUUUUUUUUCGGUUUAAAUCAUUUAGACAAGGUAUUUCUUAGAUAUAUAAGUAUAUAACAAUACAAUACCUAUCAAAAUUUAUUUUUCAACAUUUUUAAACAGUAGAAAAAAAGUACAAUAUUAUUUUCUUUUAAAAAUUAUAAAUAUUAUACUUAUAAUUAAUG